UCGCAUAUCGGAAUCCGCAAGGCAUGCCUACGCUCUCUGUCGUCAAUUUCAACAUUGUUUGCGCCACACUCGGAGGCUUCAUUACGCUCUUUGGCCUGGUGUCGUACCUGCUCAAGGAAAAAUACUACUUGUCCGAGGCUCUCAUUUCUCUGAUCGGAGGUCUUAUCUUUUCGCCUCACGCGGCCAAUCUUAUUCGUCCACUUGAUUAUGCUCAAGGAAAUGCAGAAGACCUCGAGACCAUAACGCUUUAUUUCACUAGACUGGUGUUGGGUGUGCAACUGGUCCUGGCCGGCGUUCAGCUACCUAGCAAAUAUCUCAAGCAAGAAUGGAGACCUUUGUCGUUGCUUUUAGGCCCAGGCAUGUGCGUCAUGUGGAUAGUGACCAGCCUGCUUGUGUGGGCCUUGGUUCCUAAUAUCAACAUCUUGUUCGCGCUUGCCAUAGGAGCUUGCGUUACUCCUACUGAUCCGGUGCUGAGCAACAGCAUUGUUAAAGGCAAGUUCGCCGACAAGAAUAUUCCUAGAGAGCUCCAAAGAAUCAUCAUUGCCGAGUCUGGAGCUAACGAUGGUCUUGGCUAUCCUUUCUUGUUCUUACCGUUGUAUCUGAUCAAAUAUCUUGAUCAUCCUGAACUGACAGGCAAUGGUGCUUCGAAAGCGAUGGGCCUGUGGUUUGGUGAGACAUGGGGUUAUACAAUCAUCCUGAGCGUCAUCUAUGGAGCUGUCGUUGGCUAUCUCGCCAAAGAAUUACUGCACUGGGCAGAAGAGAAGAAGUACGUGGAUAGAGAAAGCUUUCUCGUCUUCGCCAUUACACUUGCUGUAAGUCUACCUUGUCAUGGAUUUCUGCUCAUGACUGACUUCCACAGNCUCUUCAUUGUUGGAACUGUCGGCAUGAUCGGCUCCGAUGACGUUCUCGCCUGCUUUAUUGCUGGAAACGUCUUUACCUGGGAUUCUAAUCAACAACAGNNUGACUGGUUCCGCUUGGAGACUCUCGAUGACUCUUUGCAGCCGACCAUUGAUAUGCUGCUCAAUGUCUCGAUCUUCAUAUGGUUCGGCGCAGUCACACCUUGGUACAAGUUCGCACACAACGAUGUGAUCCCCAUCUAUCGGCUCAUCCCACUAGGAAUAUUGGUCUUGCUUCUUCGCCGACUCCCUAUCGUCUUUGCUAUGCACAAGAAGAUUCACCAAAUUGAGGAACCUCGCCAGGCUCUCGUGGUGGGCNNUUUUUUUGGCCCGAUUGGUGUUAGUGCAGUCUUCUAUCUGUACAUCAGCCGCGAGUUUCUCCGCGGCAUCGAGGUGAACGGUGUGGUCAGAGAGGAUGCAGAACGCUUGUCCGAGAUCAUGCUGGUCGUGAUCUGGUUUUUGGCAAUUUGCAGUAUUCUCGGGUUCUAUCUUCCAAGGACCAUAUCGGCCGCAGUCUCAACAGAACGUCUCCCUCGUAGAUCAUCUGAAGAGCCUACGCCCAUCGGCGAGAAUACCUUGUCUGGUGGAUCCGCUCUGGCCAGUCGGUUCCGUCGCUACAGAGCAGACACUUCUGGUAACAGUUCAUCUCUACCCCGUUCGUUCUGGCGCCUAGGCAAGAGCAUGGUAUCGGAUGUGCACAAAGGCCAUCAGCAGGCCACCGGCUCGAAGGACGUCUCGGAAUCCACAAACGACAUCGCCAACAGGCACAUUUCCGGACCAUCGGACCCGCGCCCGCUUGGUAAAACCAUCGUGAAAGACAUGAACCGCGAUUCUCCACUUGGUGCUACCCCUACCGCAGGCCGUUCCGGCGCCGUCACUCCCGCCGAAUCACCUGCACCUCUGAACAGGACCAUCCGGUUCCCGGAUGAGAACCCUAGUGUUGCCAACUCCUCC